UGUGUACCCUGUCUUUAAAGCAGGACUUUGCUGGCUCUGCAGGGACAGUUGAGCUGGGAUCCUCCACCGCUCGGGUCGGUGUCUGGAAGAAGAAACGCCUCCUCUCUGCUGCUGUUAUUUCUGACUGAGAAACACCUGUGAACGUUUCCACUGACAACUCUGCUGCCUCCUGAGUCCCUGGGCUCUCCUCCUGGGAAAAGUUUUUGUUUUUUUGUUGUUUUUUUUACCUUUUGGAUGAAAGCCUGUCCACCCUGAGGAUGGAGAAGUACGAGAAGAUCGGGAAGAUCGGAGAGGGUUCCUAUGGCGUCGUCUUCAAGUGCAGGAACAAAGACACGGGGCAGAUCGUCGCCAUCAAGAAGUUUGUGGAGUCGGAGGACGAUCCCAUCAUCAAAAAGAUUGCACUGAGGGAGAUCAGGAUGCUCAAGCAACUGAAACACGCCAACCUGGUGAAUCUGAUCGAGGUUUUUCGACGCAAACGGAAACUUCACCUCGUGUUCGAGUACUGUGAUCACACAGUCCUCAACGAGCUGGACCGACACCCCAGAGGUGUUCCAGAGCACCUUGUGAAGAGUAUAACCUGGCAGACGCUUCAAGCUGUUAACUUCUGUCACAAACAAAAUUGCAUCCACAGAGACGUGAAGCCGGAGAAUAUUCUCAUCACCAAACACCAGGUCAUCAAACUCUGUGACUUUGGGUUUGCCAGGAUUCUCACCGGUCCAUGUGACUACUACACCGACUACGUGGCGACUCGUUGGUAUCGGGCCCCCGAGCUGCUGGUGGGAGACACUCAGUACGGGCCUCCGGUGGACGUGUGGGCGAUCGGCUGCGUGUUCGCUGAGCUGAUGUCAGGGAUCCCUCUGUGGCCCGGGAAGUCCGACAUGGACCAGCUGUACCUGAUCAGGAAGACUCUGGGAGAUCUGAUCCCUCGACAUCAGCAGGUUUUCAGCAACAACCAGUUCUUCAGUGGAGUCUCUAUCCCAGAGCCACAAGAGAUGGAACCUUUGGAGCAAAAGUAUCCAAACCUCUCACAUCAAGCUCUGAGUCUCAUGAAGGGUUGUCUGAGGAUGGACCCGUCUGAGCGUCUGACCUGCGAGCAGCUUCUCCAGCACCCGUACUUCGACAGCCUGAGAGAAAAGAGCGAGAGCCUGUCCCGAGAGCAGGACCGCUCCAGCAACAAGAGGACACGCUUACCUCGCAAACACCUUCCUCCUGGGUAUUUGCCACAGCUGACCGGCAGCAGCAUCUUUCCAGCUCUGGACAAUAAGAAGUACUACAACAACCUGCGCAAGUUCAACUAUCACCUACCAAACAUCUAAACUCACUGAAUUUAACCCUGAACGACCGUCGAACAUCAGCGUUUCUGACAAACUCAGGAAAUGACGCUAAAUUCUGGUAGCACCUUGGUUCUUUGUUUCCCACAUGAAGGUGUGUCUUGGUAUCGAUGUCAGUCUAUGCACUAUUCCCAACGUGUCGACUCGUGACGUGUUGGUUUAUGUAUGUUGCCUACGUUUCAAGCUGACUGUAUUUUGUGUAGAUGUGUAAAGACGAGGAGCAAUGUGCUGCUCUGCUCGUAGUCGCUGAGUUAGACUGAAGGUAAAACUACGACGUACUGCCUUGCCUGGUUUGCCAAAUGUAUUUUUUUAUAUAAUGAUGGACUCUGUGAGAAAGAGUGACACGUGUUGGUAGUGAGUUAUAUGUCGUUUAACUGAUUGUCUUGAGUGAGUUAUCAUGUAGGACACAAACGUUUUGUCACGUGUAAUGACUCAUGAACAUUUCUGAGAAUAUUUAUUGACGUCAGGAGUGAAUACAGUUGUAAACAUUCCCUUAACCCACCUUUACUAGCAUUUAGCAUUAAUAAUACCACAUUGUACUCAUCAUCUCUGGAACUUUGGUGCUAAGGUUGUUUUCAGCCAUCUGUCUGUCCUCAGAUAUUGUACAAAUGCCAAAUUAAUCUGAAGAGAAAUGAUUUAAAAGACUCUUGGAUCCUCAGAAUUUUCACAAAUUGUUUCUCUCUUUUUAAUACCUUGAAUGUUGAGAAUAUAAUAAAAUAAAGAAUAGUUCAUUCUAUCAAAAAAAAAAGUGGCAUCAACAAUAUAAAGUGCUUUAAAUUUUC